UCAAAUAUAUUGAUAUAGUUGACUAAUUCUAUGAUGUAAGAAAAUGCCACGUGAAUAGUAGGGAUGGCAACCCUAACCGGAAAUCCGGGUGCCCGCCCGAAACCGCACCAGUCAAACCGGGGAGAAACCGAGUUGAUCGGGUGACGGGUCGGGGACGCGCAAACCCGAACAGUUGACGGAGCGGUGAUGGAUUCAUCACUAUCCGCCCUGUAACCGCCCGACAACUAUACGUCUCUUCCGAUUUCCGAAUUCCAAUCACCAUUCCCAGCCUCCGUCGAAGAGGCAGCCCAACUGCAGCCGCAGAACCUAGUUUGAACUCCCACUCCUCCCUGCAGCGGAUAUGGGAAAAGCCAGGCGAUUCUACCUCUCCUCGAUUCUCCCACUCCUCGACUCAGAUAUAAUGUCGAAGUGACGGAGGUCGGAGGCGAUGGAAUCAGGAACUGACGGGGGCGGGGGCGAUGGAAGAAGGGGAUCUGCGGAUCAGCAACAACUGCUCUGAUCCUUGCCUCUUUCUGUCUUCUUCUCUCUUUCUACACAACGAUGGUUGGUGGUGCAGCCAAGAAUGGGAGCUUCGCGACGGUGGACUGGAGGAAUGGCGAAGUCCCCGCGGGGUUUUGGGUAAACCCGUUAUCCGAGGUCGGGCGGGUGGCGAUGGGAUUUUUGCCCCCGAGGUUGCGGUUGUGGGUGGUUUCUCCGACCCGGGGAGGUCUCGCGGGCGGGGAACGGAUGCUGGGAAACCGUCCCCGAUCCGCCCCGUUGCCAACCCUGGUGAAUAGAUGAGUGUGAUCAUUUUUACUUAGCAAGAGAAUAUUCUUACUUCAUAAUAUUAUCUCCAACUAAUGCAGUAAGCACACAAAAUGUUAUUAUGUUUUCUAGUAAAUCAUAAUAUAAGUAUGUUAGUCCUCAUAUUUAUUAUCUUACAGAGCAAAUGUUUAUGUUUUAAUGUUAUGUAAUACUAAAUAGGGUUAUUCUUUAUUUCUCAUUUCUCCAUUUAAAAUGAAAAUUACAUGAAAUAUUAAAUACAAAUUCAAAUAUGGG